CAGUUGUUUUUCGUUACUCAAGUUGUAAACACACGUGAUGAGUUGGAAUAAAGUAAAUUUUUGUGUAAUUUUCGUGGUAUCAGCAUUAAGUUUGUUUUUCGUAGAAGGCAAACUUCAGGUUGAUAUUCACUAUGAAAGUCGAUGUCCAGAUUCAAGUAAUUUUAUGUUGUAUCAGUUAAGACGAGUUUAUCCAAGUAUCAAGGACAACGUUGUAAUCAAUUUUGUUCCGUUUGGGCCAAAAGAAUGCGAAGGAAAUAAAUUCCAAUCAUGUGUUCUCGAUGUUAUUGGACCCAAUCAGGAUAAGCAAACAAGUUUCGUUAUCUGUGCCAUGGACUUUCAAAAGAAUGCUCGCAAUUGCGCACAAAACAUGGGAUUAGACAUGAAUAAAAUUGAUGAUUGCACGAAGAGUCAAUAUGGAACGAAUUUGCAGAUACAAGCGGAGAGAUUCUCAUCGCCUAUUAUUUCCAAGUCAAACUUUGUUCCAACUAUCGUAUACAAUGGAAUAUACAAAGCUGGAGAUCAUUGGGCUUCCUUGGACGACUUUUCGGGGGUUUUGAAGAAACUGUCAACAUUUUAAUUAUAACUUUUUCAUUCUCUCUCAAUUACCCACUAUAAAAUUAUUUCUAAAAUAAUUCAAGGCUUUGCAUUUUUGUCUGUAUUCGAAUUCUAAAUAAAGAAGAACUAAACUAAACUUUUGGAUCAAUUCUAUUGAUCUUGUGAUUUAAAAACUCAAAAAAAU